AGCCGCCUGAGCAAGCUCAAGGCCUGCCGCAGCCGCGAGGAGAUCGCCCAGCUCUGCGACGACUACGACGCCGACAGCCAGGAGUUCUUCUUCGACCGGAGCCCCAGUGCCUUCGCGGCCAUCGCCAGCUUCCUGGCAGCCGGGAAGCUGGUCCUGCUGCGAGAGAUGUGCGCCCUGUCCUUCCACGAGGAGCUGAGCUACUGGGGCAUCGACGAGGCCCAGCUGGAGCGCUGCUGCCUGCGCAAGCUGCUGCAGAGGCUGGAGGAGCUGGCUGAGCUGCAACGGGGCGAGGAGCUGCAGCAGGGCCGGGACGCCGGCCAGCCCGCCCAGGCCCCCUCCCGCUGGGGGCUGCUCAUGGACAGGCUGAGGGAGAUGGUGGACAACCCACAGUCCGGCCUGCCUGGCAAGGUCUUUGCAUGCCUCUCCAUCCUGUUUGUGGCAACCACGGCCGUCAGCCUGUGCAUCAGCACCAUGCCGGACCUGAGGGUGGAGGAGGACAAGGUGAGUGGCCACCGGUCAGGGCCAGGGACCCCAUCCCAUCAGCCUCUGGGG